UAUUCUGAGUGAUCAGUUCGGAAAACUCGGAUUCCGAAAAGCUUUCUCAUCCUAUAAUCGCGAAAAACCACAACACAACAUCAGGAAAAUUGUAGCAGGUUAUCAUCCUCGGGGAUUUCUUACCAGAAUGCACGAUAGAUUUCAUACAUAAGCAGCGCAUUUUGUAAUGCACUGAACGUUUCACGUUUGUGAACCUGGGAGGUUUUUCGAUCUGUGACUGCAGAGAGCUGCGUCUCUUUGGCUGAUGAUUUUCAUUUGUACCAUAAUUUCGUUUGAUUUGAAUGCUUUCUUGGUCAGAUCUCUGUGAACUGUAAGAGUUUUUGAUUGUGUAAAAUAUCAGCCGGGAUCAGGAGGAGUGGAAGAUGGACGGAGCCCUCGAUUUGUACGCGGACGAGAAUGACAACUUUGACGAGAACUUUGGCCAGGAAGGAAUGCGUGAUCACAGCGGGGAUGCUGGUGUCGAUCUGUACAACGAUGUCCUCGGAGGCGAUACACCCAGCGGACCGAACAAGGGCGACAGCGAUCAUGGCGGCGGGGAGAUGAUGGACGACAGCAGUUUCCACGGCGGACAGCAGUCAGCGGCCGGCAGCGGUGGAGGACGUCGCUACAGUCUCAUUCUCGGCAAUCUAACCUGGUGGACAUCAGAUGACGACAUCCAGGAGCUAAUCGACAGCUUCGGCAUCCAGGAUCUGUAUGAAAUUCGCAUCCAUGAGAAUCGUUCCAAUGGUCAGUCCAAAGGUUUUGCCAUCAUCACGGUCGGCUCGGAAGAGACAUCCCGAUUUCUUCAAGCGGAAAUCCCCAAAAAUUUUCACAGGGAUCUGCAAGGCCAGACGCCGGUGUGCGUGCCCUUUUCGCGGCAGGCACUGAACACCUUCGACGCCCAGUCCCGCAAGAACGAGGGCAACCGCGGCAACCAGAUGCAGAACAAUCAGGGUAACCAGGGUAAUCGGGGCGGCGGGAUGAUGGGGAACCGCGACGGAGACCGGGGUGGUGGCGGCGUCAACAACAACAACAACAUGGGCAUGCAGAACCGGCAGAACGACAACCGCCCGCGACUGCCGCCGGGUUUCCCGCAACCCGGCACGCGCCUGCCGGGUCUGCCUGGAUUACCGCGUUUCCCGCUGGGCAUGGGUCUACCGGGAGUUAUGGCAAUGCGAGGCUUUCCACCUGGUAUGCGCCCCGGAUUGCCGGGAAUGCUACGUCCGGACCGACCGAUGGGCAUGGGCGGCAUGGACUGGGAUCCCACGGCAGCCUCGGCUGCCGCGGCGGCAUUCGGUUUCGGAGCCGGCAUGGGCCGGAUGCCCACGCCCGGGCUGGGAUUGCCGACGCCCCAUGUCAAUCCGGCAUUCUUCGGAGCGCAGGCGUUCAGCGCUAUGCAGUCACAAGAAGGGUUUGAUCGCGGUUCGGAUAUGGGUGGCGGAUCACUGCCCAACUUGGUGCCGGGAUCGGAUGAUUACGAGACGCUCAUCUCGCAGAUGAAGAGCGUAGCGUCCAAUGCCAUCGCGAAAGCGGCAGCCGAGUGUAAAACCGAUCCUAAUAGUGCGCUGGAGAAACUGGAGACCGCCCUGCUGAUUGUCAGUUCGUGUAAGGUGUCAGAUGAUGAUCGCGUACAACGCCAAAUCAAAACCCUCCAGGAAGCCAUCGACGAUAUCAAAUCAUCCAAACCCAUCGAGUCGCGCAACGGUGACCGGCAUUCACGGGAUCGGGAUCGUUCACGGGAGCGCGAACGCGACCGCCACCGCGACGACCGCGACCGGGAUUCCCGGCGGGAGCGCGAGCGCGUCCGCAGUCGCUCCAAGAGUCCGCGCCGGCGCAGCAGCCCCGACCGGGACCGGGAUUCCCGGCGGGACCGCGAUCGGGAUCGCGACCGGGACCGCCGCGAUCGGGACCGGGAUCGCGAUCGACGGGAUAGCGAUCGCGAACGGGAUCGUCGUCACUGAACGCCUCUCCUUUGCGCGGCUGUAUUUAGUUAAAAUUUUUUGACAAUUUGAUUCCACUAUCAUUAUCCUGGAUUGUAGUUUUCAACUAUUCUGCGGUAGAUGGUUUUUUUUGUUUCUGUUGUUUAUAUCAUCGCAAGUAUUGUGGUCAUGAAACUCUGUUAUUGGAAAAAGGGAUUUUUUGGCGGGCUGUGACCUUUAAUGUUGUGAGAAAGCGGUCUGAGGGAAAAACUGUUAAAUUACGUAUUUAUUUG